GAUUCCUUAAGACGCGACCUUGACACUCCCAUAGAACGUCCUCGUCACGAUAAGAUCUGGAACACGCGUGGCCAGCAGUGUGACAAACUGAUAGCAGACACAUAAAGACAAUGCGACUUCUGUUACUGUCAACGUUGGCAUGGGGCGUCCUCGGCGACAUGACGACAACGAUGCAGGUGACGAGUCAACAGGGACAGGCGUUGCUGGGGUCGUUCUGUUUCGACCUGAAGGCCGACAUCCUGGGAUGGGAACUAGACGUGACCUUCAGCAAGCCGGUCAAGGACGUUAGCCAAUAUGAUGGUGAUGUCAUCUCUCCCUCGUCCGCAUCCUGCUUCACCCAGCUGCAGAUGGUCAAUAAGCCCCCCGACGGCGUCCACUACACAGGGGAACACCUGUGUGUCAAGAUGAUGGUACAGAGAUGCGGUGCUGCUGUCAUCACUGCGACGGGAGUGCUCAGGGAUCUUACCCAUGCCCAACAGACCGUACCAGCCGUGUCGACGUUUGCAGGUGCCCAGGCCACCAAGUACAACUAUGUCGAGGUCCUGAUGAAGUCGAUGAUGUUCUACGAGGCUCAGAGAUCCGGGAAACUCCCCGCUGACAACAGGAUCCCUUGGAGGGGGGACUCGGCGUUAGGAGACAAGGGAGAUAAUGGGGAGGAUCUCACUGGGGGAUGGUAUGACGCCGGAGGCAAUACAAAGUUCAACUUCCCCAUGGCGUUCAGCACGACCUUCCUGACCUGGGGUCUGAUCAGAUACAAGGACGCCUACGAGAAGACGGGUCAGCUGGAGAAGAUGUACGAGUGCAUCAAGUGGCCUCUGGACUACUUCAUCAAGUGUCACACCCAACCGGACGAACUAUACGUACAGACAGGAGACGGUGCUUAUGAACACUCGACGUGGACGAGCCCAGAACGCAUGAACCAGAACAGGCCUACGUUCAAGAUAGAUGCUGACAACCAUGGGUCUGAUAUUGCCAUGGAAGUUGCAGCAGCAAUGGCGGCUGGCUCCAUUGCAUUUAAACAGAAAGAUCCUGCAUAUUCCUCCACACUAUUGACCCAUGCGAAGCAGCUGUACACGUACGCCAUGGCUCACCAAGGGAAGUACAGUGACAGCGUCCCGGAUGUCUCCGACUUCUAUAAGUCAUAUGGGUUCGCUGACGAGAACAGUUGGGGCGCCAUCUGGAUGUACAAAGCCACGGGAGAUAACCAGUACUUGGCUGACGCAGAACAGCACCAUAUACCAGGGCCGGCAUGGGGAUUCUCGUGGGAUGAAAAAAAUGGUGGCGCUAAUAUUCUACUGUACGAGGCAACCAAGAAAAGCAUCUAUCAACAGGACAUUGUAGCCACCUUCAACGCCUGGCUACCAGGGGGCACUGUCACCUACACGCCCAACUGCCUCGCCUUCAGGUUAAAGUGGGGCCCUCUCCGAUAUUCAGCUAACAUGGCGUACCUGGCUCUGGUGGCAGCGGAUGAAGGUAUCAAUACCUCCCAGUACCGCCAGUGGGCGAUAGGUCAGAUCCACUAUAUUCUUGGAGACACCGGAAGGAGUUUUAUUGCAGGGUUUGGAAACAACCCUCCACAGAGACUUCAUCACCGGUCAAGUUCGUGUCCAUUGCUCCCCGCACCCUGCUCCUGGGACAUGGAGAAGUACAAGGGCCCCAACCCUCAAGUCUUAUACGGCGCCAUGGUCGGCGGGCCCGACCCGAACGACAAGUACAGUGAUGACAGGGACGACACCAUCAGGAACGAAGUUGCCUGCGACUACAACGCCGGCCUGCAAUCAAGCGUAGCUGGUCUUCAGCAUCUGGCCAAUGGUAAUCAGCUUCCCAGCCCCCUGCAGCCUGUCUGUCCUCAAUAAUCACCCACAGAUAGACUGCGACAUUGUGGAAUUAUUGUUAUUGAUUUCACUAGUUGUCUAUGAUAAAUAUGUAUGUGCCCUG